CCGAUCAGUACUAUUUGAAUUGUGUUGGUAGACGAAUGUUUAUCGUCUUGGUCGCGUCGAUUGUUGGUACGAACGCGCGCGCAAGAUCGACGCACAAUCGGCGACGCGUGCGAGGUUGACGAAGUACAAAUAAAGUUGCGGAACGCGAUCUUUGGUGACCUCGUUGUCGGCAUCGAUACUUUUUAGUCGUCAAAAUCGAAGUCAUUUGAAAGCUAAUUUUGCCAUUAUUGCAGUGCAAUAUUUUGAUUUGAUUAAUUAAUCAACUCUGUGAUGUUUUAUGUAAACAAAUAUCUCAAUAGAAUAUAAAUGACAUAAAAAGUCUACGCUUUCGUAGAAAUGAGUAAUAUCGUAGCAGAAAUGUGAAACAUCGUAAACUUGGAAAAAUCGUUAAGCCCCUAAAAAGUGUAAACCAAGUGUAAUACCAAAAACCUAAAAUAUGCAUAUCAGUUUGCUUAUACAUAGAGUGAAAACGUUAAAGAAUCCCAACAAUUAAUGACAAAUCGUCAAAAGUCUUGUCCAACUACCCGCCCAUUAGCGGUAAAAUGCUCUAAUCACACGACCUUCAUCACAACGCUAUGGGAAGCGCAGGUGGUAUUAUGAAGCGCCAUCUGUGGUAUUUAGUCACUCAUACGCUGCUGCUGUUCCACCUAAUCGCUGCCACCAACACUAGCGCAAGCCAAUUGACGGCGCCAGUAUUGUCGGGACCCGCACUACUACCCACCCAGAUUGCCAACCGCACAUUGCCCUUUGUUGCGAAAGGUGUUAGGAGCGAACUUAUACAAAAUUUUAUAGCGCCACGUCGCAAUGACACCGCUAACUAUGCUCAGUAUCACAUCAUAAUGUUGGCCAUGAUGCCAACCACUGAACCGGAUAGAAAUAAUGAUUGCUUCAUGGCGAAAAUGUUGCCCGCACUCGAGCUGGGUUUUGAUGUCGUGCAGAAGAUUGGCUUUCAUAACGCUUACAUCGAUUUUACACUCAUUGCACGCGACUCCUUUUGUUCAUCCAUCUAUGGGCCCAUCGGCUUCUAUGAGGUUUUCUUGCGACAACCGGAUUUAAAUGCCAUUUUCGGUCUGCCAUGUGAAUAUGUAUUGGCACCGAUCUCACGCUAUGCUGGCGCCUAUAACAUCCCAGUUAUAACAACUGGUGGCAGUGCUUCAGCAUUUGGCAAGAAAGCUGGCAAUUUUCCAACCCUAACACGUUUGCGUGGCACACAAGGCAACAAUUUGGGCAAUGCGGUUUUUGCGAUCAUCAGUGAGUUCAAUUGGACACGCACGGCGCUAAUCUAUGAGUCGGACAGUAUCGAUGACAAAGGAUAUUCUGUGUGUUUUUUCUGUUCAUACGUGAUUCACGAUAAGCUGGGAACACGUUCGAUCAUGCAGCAGGGAUUCGAUAGGAAUACUUGGAAUGGCACGAAGAUCAUCAACAUGCUGAAGAAAUUGUCUAAGGAGGUCCGAAUUGUCAUUAUGUGUGCGGAACCGGAGAACAUUCGUCGAAUUAUGCUGACCGCUGAGGAGCUGAAUAUGGUUGAUAGCGGCGAAUAUGUAUUUAUUAAUAUUGAAAUGUUUUCGCGCGCCUCUCACCUCACGUGGAAGCCUUGGUAUGAUAAAAAUGAUACAGAAGAAAAUAAUGAACGCGCUCGGAAGGCCUAUACAGCAAUAUUGACUUUAACGCCGAAGCAACCCAAUGAUGAAGAUUACAUAAAAGUUUCAAACAAGAUCAAAGUCAUCGCCGCCGAAAAAUACAAUUACACAUUCCAAGAAAAUGAGGACAUAUCUGCUUUUGUGACAUCCUUCUUUGACGGAGUAUUGCUUUAUGCCAAAGCGCUCAAUGAUAGUAUCCGGGAAGAUCCGACUGUGUUGACACGGCCUAUAAACGGCACGGAUAUGGUGCGCCGCAUGUGGGGUCGCAGCUUCAAAGGUAUUACCGGUAAUGUAACUAUCGAUGCCAAUGGAGAUCGCAUCUCAGCUUACUCGCUAUUGGAUAUGAAUCCCGAUACGGGACAAUUUGAAAUCGUUGCCGACUUCAUGCACAAUCGUUUGGACUUUGUGCCGGGCAAAGAGAUUCAUUGGGCAGGUGGUCGCAAGGAGCCACCACCUAGCACGCCGAUAUGCGGUUAUGAUGGCUCACUAUGUCCAGAUAAUUCACUACCCGGAUACGCAAUACUCUCUAUCAUACUCGGUGUUGUAGUUGUGCUAAUGACCGUCUGUUUCUUCUUCGGUUAUCGCCACUACAAAUCAGAAGCCGAGAUUAAUUCCAUGACAUGGAAGGUUUCAAUUAGUGACUUAGUAUGUCCCGACUUGGGUGGACGCGGCAUACGUGGAUCUUUCCAUUCGCUGGUGCGACAAAACUCUCAAUUAACGCUUAUGUCCGAGGAUCUGCGCUCAUUGUGCGGUGAUCGUCAAAUUUUCAUACCAGUGGGUAUGUAUCGUGGUUGUGAAGUAGCAAUUAAGGCCAUCGAAAAUCGACAAAUCAAUUUGACACGCUCGCUAAUGUUGGAACUGAAGAGUAUGAAGGAUCUGCAACACGACCACUUGGUGAAGUUCUAUGGUGCGUGUUUGGAGCCACCGAAGCGUUUUCUACUCACCGAAUAUUGUCCGAAGGGUUCACUACAGGACAUACUGGAGAAUGAGCAAUUCCAGCUGGACUGGAUGAUUAAGUUGUCGCUAAUGCACGAUAUUGUGCGCGGCAUGCAUUUUCUACACAACUCAGUUAUACGAUCUCAUGGCAAUCUGAAGUCCUCCAAUUGUGUGGUGGACUCUCGGUUCGUUUUGAAAAUAACAGAUUUUGGCUUGCAUACGCUAAAACGCACACGACCCGAAGCAUUGGAGAACGAUGUGGAGGAUUGCAAUAGUCAUGCGUAUUGGAGUAAACUGCUUUGGACAGCACCUGAGUUGUUGAAAAUGGAAAACAAUCGCCCACCAGAGGGCACACAAAAGGGUGAUGUUUAUUCAUUUGGCAUAAUUGUGCACGAAAUCAGUACAAGACAAGGACCAUUUUACCUGGGCAAGACUGAAAUAGAAAAAUCACCCAAAGAAAUUAUUCAACUAGUCAAAUGUUAUCCAGAACUAACAUCCAUACCAUUUCGUCCCUACAUCGAUGACCACGAUGGAUAUCUUGAUAUUAACAACCUCAUGGUUAAAUGUUGGUCCGAGGAUCCUAUAGAUCGUCCCGACUUCAAUGCACUCAAAUCAAUCAUACGUCGUAUAAAUAAGGACAACGAGACUGGCAAUAUUGUCGAUAAUCUACUCAAGCGUAUGGAAUUGUACGCGAAUAAUCUAGAGGAGCUCGUCGAAGAACGCACACAAGACUACAUUGAAGAGAAGAAGAAAUGUGAAAAGCUGCUAUACCAACUCUUGCCGCAGAGCGUUGCAGCGCAGUUGAUAAGCGGCCAACCAGUGGUGGCUGAAACUUUCGAUCAAGUCACCAUUUACUUUAGUGAUAUUGUUGGCUUCACCGCCAUCUCUGCGGAGAGCACACCUAUGCAGGUGGUGCAAUUUCUCAAUGACCUCUACACCUGCUUCGAUUCCAUCGUCGAAAAUUUCGAUGUUUAUAAAGUAGAAACAAUUGGUGAUGCUUACAUGGUUGUGUCUGGCCUGCCUAUACGUAAUGGCAGCCAGCAUGCACGCGAGAUUGCGCGUCUAGCAUUGGCGUUGCUAGGUGCAGUGCACAAAUUCAGAAUACACCAUCGACCGCAAGACCAACUGAAGUUGCGUAUCGGCCUACAUACCGGCGCUUGCGUUGCGGGUGUUGUCGGCCUUAAAAUGCCACGCUAUUGUCUCUUUGGCGAUACAGUGAAUACGGCGUCACGUAUGGAAUCGAAUGGUGAAGCGCUGCGUAUACAUAUUAGUGAAAAUACCAAGAAGGCGCUCGACGAGUUCGGCACGUUCGUUACCACACAACGUGGCUAUGUGCCCAUGAAGGGCAAGGGUGAAAUGCUCACCUAUUGGCUGGAAGGGGAAGUACCAAAGCCAGAAUCACCUUCGGUGCCCUCGCAACAAUUGCUGAAUUCGAGGCGCUGUUCACUGAAGCAUCCGCCCCAACGCCAUGGUGUUAUACUGCAAAAACAGCAUUCAGAGAUCUCACAAAACUCACAAACAUCGCCACCUGUGAUAACUGAGCAAAGCAAUUCAGUUACAACGCCGACCUUGCGCGUUAAGCGUAAAAUAUCCUCAUCAUCACCGAAAUUGAAUGGCAACGAAUUUAAGCCGGAAGACUUCAAUUACUACCUGGACAACACUAAACAAUACGGUAAGGAUCAUAAUUUGGCUAUCUGCAAGUCGCCUGGACUGGCUGGAGACAUCUACAGCAGCAGUUCAUUGCAUGAACCGCGCAAAGAGAGCCACAACGAAUUGGCCAACUUACGGCUACCGCUAUCUGGCGCGCUAAAGAAUCACAAUAACAAUCUAACAAAUCAUCACCGCAACAGCUAUACACACUUGCUGCAAUCCAACUCGAAUUCCAAUCUAAGUGGCGUGCUUCAACCUACUGUAUCGGCGGCGCCACGCAUACGUAUGAAACCCUCACCGACAAUUUCGACAUUAGUUUCAAGUGCGCGCCCCGACAAUGGCAGCCUACAGAGUGGCUUACGCAUCAAAUUUCAAGUAGCCAAUGAUGAUGGUGAUCAUGAAGAUGACGCCGUCAAUGACACCUGUGAAACGAAUGCUUCAGCCCAACUCUUACAACAACGACCCAUAUCAGGCACAGGGUCGGAUAUGUGCAACCUUUGCAGUAAUGCCGACGAUGAAGACGACCUACCCUUAAACAAUCAUCUGAAUAGUAGUAAGGCGCAUUUGUUGGAAGGCAGCAAAGUGAAUAAUAUUGCUAUAACUAGAAGUGGCUGUGCCGGCAGCGAUGGGAAUAGUGCAUCCCAUAGCAACAACAACAGCUACAGCAACAUUGUAAAAGCGAAUAAUGCGAAAAAUUUGCAUCUUAUAGGCAAAGCUGCAGCGCCUAUGGAUAAUCGAGGGAAUGGCGCGACUGUGGGCGGUGUGAGUGUGGGAACAGGUGGAGGCAGCAGCAACGCUGUGGCAGUAACGCCAUCUUCAGUGGGAACUGCGACACAGCCGUUGCUAGGCAAAAUUAAUUCAUAAUUUAGUAUGGAUUUUUAUUUUAGAUUUUAAAAUAGGUAAAAUAGGUAAAAUGGAAACAAAUUUUUUCUUUUCUGUUGCAAAGCAAAUGCGGAAUUGAGGUGGAACAUUUGUACGCUUACGCAGUGAACUGUACACGUACAAUUAUUGUAACGAGAGUAACUGUUAGGGUAACUGCUUUUAUUGAAAGGAAACUGCGGAGUAGCUUAAAUAAUUGGGUAACAAUCAAAAUGAAAGCAAGAAAAUUACGAAGAUAUUUAAAAAAGUUAAACUACAUAUUUUGGAUUUUUCAUGAAAAAAAAUAUACGAAAAUUUUACAAACAAAAAAUACUGAUUUGUACGCGCAUAUGCAUGUGUUAUGGAUUUAAUGAUAGGUAGAUUUAAAAUGCGCGUACACACAAAUAUAUUAAGCAGUAAGUCUAUACAUCUACAUAGUUUUAAACCAUAAGUAAAUAGUUACAAAAAUUAAAGCUUCACAAAUACUUGUACUCAGUACUGUCUUAAAAAUAAAACUGGUUGGAAAAAUUACUCAUGGGUAAAAUAAAUUAGUGAUGCAUAACAGAAAUUUCUCCCAGUUCAAUGUUAAAUUAUUGUAGUUGUAGCAAUAUGCAAAAUGUAGGCAACAAAUUUUAACUAUUGCUAAAAAAUGAAUUUUAAUUAAUUAACUGUAAAUGCAUUUUCUUAAUAAAUGAUCAUCACAAAUAGUUUGUAAGUUAUAUGAUUUGCUUGUGUGCUAAGCUUCACUGAAUGUAUACAUAUGGUUUAGUAUUUCUUUAAAAUUAUCCUUCCCCAGUGGCUGUUCUCAAAACUUUAACAAAUUAUUUUGAUGUGUAAAAAAAUUUUUUUUAAGCUGUAUUUAUUUUUUUAUUUUUACUUAACUAUCGUAUAGUCUAAUUAGAAAAAUAAUUAAAUUAUUGUAAAAAAACUGUAGAUUAAA